AUGGAGGCGACGAGGAUCAACCCGCGCUCAGUGUCAGGAGCGCCCACGAUGGGCGGCCGCAAGGUGAAGAAGCUGGUGCUCACGGCCUCGCUGCCCGGUGGCGGAGGCCGGUACCGGGGCGAGUUCGCGUGGAGCGAGGACACCGAGCGCACGCAGCGCGCCGAAGCCGUGGCCGUGGAGUGGCUGCACAACAAGUGCCACCUCAAGUCCUCGUGCGAGGGCCGCGUACUCAACGCCGACGUCGCCGGCCGCAAGCUGUGCCUCUUCCGCGAGGAGUAG